GUGCUGGGGGCUCCGGGCCGCGCGGGCCCGACGAGCGUCCACUGGUUAGCAGCCCCCGUGGGGGCGGCGGGGUCGUCGCCUGCGACACCGCGUCCCUGCCCCGCUGCUGGCUGGCCGUAACCUUGGGCCAGGGGCUUCUUCUUGCUGAGUUUCGGUGCCCUGGUCUGUACUGUGCGUGAUAAGGCCCUUCAGGGAGCAGCUGGGAGGAGCAAGGAGAAAGAGAGAGCGCGACAGAGAGAGGAUGUCUCUCUCAGACUGGCACCUGGCGGUGAAGCUGGCUGACCAGCCACUUGCCCCAAAGUCCAUUCUCCAGUUGCCAGAGUCAGAGUUGGGUGAAUACUCACUGGGGGGCUACAGUAUUUCAUUUCUGAAGCAGCUCAUUGCUGGCAAACUCCAGGAGUCUGUUCCAGACCCUGAGCUGAUUGAUUUGAUAUACUGUGGCCGGAAGCUUAAAGAUGACCAGACCCUUGACUUCUACGGCAUUCAACCUGGGUCCACAGUCCAUGUUCUGCGGAAGUCCUGGCCCGAGCCUGAUCAGAAACCAGAACCUGUGGACAAAGUGGCUGCCCUGAGGGAGUUCCGGGUGCUGCACACUGCCCUGCACAGCAGCUCCUCCUACAGGGAGGCGGUCUUUAAGAUGCUCAGCAAUAAGGAAUCUCUAGAUCAGAUCAUUGUGGCCACCCCAGGCCUCAGCAGUGACCCUAUUGCUCUUGGCGUUCUCCAGGACAAGGACCUCUUCUCUGUCUUUGCGGAUCCCAGCAUGCUUGAUACGUUGGUGCCUGCCCACCCAGCCCUGGUCAAUGCCAUCGUCCUGGUUCUGCACUCGGUGGCAGGCAGCACCCCGCUGCCGGGAGCUGACUCCUCUUCCCGAAGCGUGCCCUCCGGCUCAUACCGGGACAUGCCGGGUGGCUUCCUGUUUGAAGGGCUCUCAGAUGAUGAAGACGACUUUCACCCAAGCUCUAGGUCCACGCCCUCCAGCAGCACACCCAGCUCGCGCCCAGCCUCCCUGGGGUACAGUGGAGCUGCUGGCCCCCGGCCCAUCACCCAGAGUGAGCUGGCCACCGCCCUCGCCCUGGCCAGCACUCCGGAGAGCAGCUCUCACACGCCAACUCCUGGCACCCAGGGCCAUUCCUCAGGGACCUCACCAAUGUCUUCUGGUGUCCAGUCAGGGACACCCAUCACCAAUGAUCUCUUCAGCCAAGCCCUCCAGCAUGCCCUGCAGGCCUCUGGGCAGCCCAGCCUUCAGACCCAGGUUCAGCUCCUGGGGCAGAGACAAGCCGUCAUCAUCCCAGUCCUGAAGGAGUACCAGCAGAUUGAAACUGGGGAGCAACAGUGUGAGAAGCCUGGCCUAGGCUUGAGCCCAGGAGCUUUCACUGGCUCCACCUGGCCUGUAAGUGAGUCCGAGUUGGGUUGUGUGGUUUCUGAAAAGCCGUCAGCUCCUCACCCUUGCGUGCCCGCCUCUCUGAAUUUGGUUGUCACCCCCUGCCUUCUCCUUCCCAUGGGUGAGCAUACUAUUCCCUAACUUGUGCACUUCCUCCUUCAUGAGGUAGGGAUAUUAAUAAAGCUCUGAAAGUACUAAAAGAAAAUGUGGGUUAAUUUCUUUAAAGCCUUAUAGUAGAAAAGGCCUUUUGUAGCUGAGAGUCAAAUUCCAGGAGCCAUCACAUGAAGAGUAAUACAUUUUGAGUUUGUAGAAGUGAAGGAUUCUGCACAGCAAACCCAACCAACAAACAAAACAAGCAAACACUGAAGGCUAGCAACAAACUGGGAAAACAUCUAUAAUACAUACCAGGCAAAGGGUAAAACCCCCAGCAUGGAGAAUUCUAGUAAUUUACGAUCAGGAGCUCCAUAGAAAAACGGGCAAAGAACAGGAAUAGGCUCUUCGUGGAAAGGAAGUGCGGGUGGCCUCUCAAGCCGUGUGAUUCCUUGCAGCGCCAUUUCUUGGAAUUUAUCCUGGAGGUGGAGGUACGCGUGUGUCGAAAGCGACAUUGUACAGAGACAGUCACUGCCACAUCGUUUGUGAUGGCAAAAAAUUGGAAACAGCUCGGUUAUGGUACAUUUCAGGAUGUCCAUGAAUUGGAAUAUUGUACAAUUAUUAAGAAGCUCUUUAUUUAGUGGCGUAGAGAGAUCACAUAAUCAUGCUAGAAAAAUGUUGGGAGGGGUUGCUGCCUGUAGAACG